UCUCAGCUAAGAAUUUGGAUCUUUGACAUCUGGAUUAAUUCGCUUUGCAGGGUUACUGCUAUGAGCUCUACAAAGCACCAGAACUUCCCUAAGAUGGCUCAAAAAUUAACAGAAGAGGAGGAGGGCUACCACGACGAUUCUUCUCCAUUAUCUGACUCAGGUCCACGUGUAUUUAAAAUAUUGCCUAAAUGGGUUUCAAAGGCCUCCUACUAUUUUGACAAAGAACAUUAUUGUUAUGCUGGCCAUCAGAUCAUCAUUCAAGAAUCCAUUGAAUGCUUUGGAGCUGUAGUAUGGCCUGCUGCCCUUGCUUUAUGUCAGUACCUGGAAUCAAAUCAAGAGGAAAUUGACUUCAAAGAAAAGAAAGUCCUUGAAAUUGGAGCUGGGACAGGUCUAGUGUCUAUUGUGGCAAGUGUAUUAGGUGCUUUUGUCACAGCAACUGACUUGCCUGAGGUACUUGAAAACUUGGAGUUCAAUAUUACUAGGAAUACACAGAAUCUAGCCAUUCACAAGCCUGAAGUGAGGAAGCUCAUUUGGGGCAUGAAUCUCCCUGAAGACUUUCCCAAAGCAACCCACCAUUAUGAUUUCAUUGUGGCUACUGAUGUUGUCUAUCACCACACAGCUCUAGAUUCUCUGCUGGAUACAUUUCGCUACUUAUGCCAGCCUGGGACCACAUUGCUUUGGGCAAAUAAAUUUAGAUUCAGCACAGAUUAUGAAUUUUUGGACUCAAUGAGCAACAUAUUCAAUAUAACCCAGCUAGCGGAAUUUCCUGAGUCAAGUAUCAAGUUGUUUCAAGGCACCAUCAAAGAGAAUUAAGAUGAGGAAGCAGAAUUCAGAAUGAAGUGCAAAAGCUGAGACCUUAUCAGAAGAAUCUGAUUCUUAAACUUUCAAGAUUUAACCCUUUCAAUUCGGUACUUAUUUGCAGUUUUUCUCAAUGACAAGUUGUUUCAA